AUGCCAUGUUCCAGCACCAUUUUGAAAGCCGCAGCUAGACCUGUGGAUUAUGGCGGGAUGCACGCAGGUCAGACCCAGAUGCAGGUAAGUGGCUGGGGUUACCGGGAUAACCCUCACCGGCAGGGUGGGUAAGCAGGGCAGUCCACCAUGGGUCUGACUGGAACGCGGGCAGAGGGAUCGGCCAUCUCUUUAGACCCGCGCAGCAAGGCCACUACUAGGCCAUGGUAUUGUCGCUGUGAGUCGUCCAGCGGGAGUUACCUCGCAGGCUAUCAGAUGGGUGAGCUGGGAGUCUGCAGACUUUAGGUAGUCCAAGUUUUAGGCAUGAGAGGCAUUAGAACAGGCAAAAAGGUCAAUUUUAACAAGAUUGCUCCCGGAGCUCUGGCAGUGUGCAACCAUUCGCCAAGUUGGGCUAGCCCCGCCCCUCCGUUUAUUCAUUCUUUUUAUGAAUAUAUCAGCUGUAUCUCAAAGUGUUUUUGUUUGUAUUUUUCCUAUUACUGAAGAGUACCUAUUUUUUCUUAACACCAAAAUAAAGAAAUAAAGAAUUAAAAAACACCUCUUUAAACUUACAUUAACAUCUCUUCUGCCCACUGCCCCUAACCCUAAGUGCCACUUACCCUAACUCUUAAAGUAACUUGUAAUGAGAGUAUGCAAUGCACAGAUUUCUAACAACUAAAUAUCUGGUUUUUAAGAAUGUCAGUUGUGUUGAAGUUGGUGAGGUACUUCCAUCUACCAAGGCAUACUAACUAACAGUUGUCAAUAACAGUCUUUUGAGUAACAUAAUUAUUAUUAUUAUUUAUAAAGCGCCAACAAAUUCCGCAAGGCUUUGCAACGGGAGGACUAACAGAUACGUAUUUUAUAAUCAGACAAGUUGGAUGCACUGGAACAGAGGGGAUUGAGGGCCCUGCUCGAUGAGCUUAUAUGCUUAAGGGCAUCUCUAAUCACUGAAUGAAAGGGCCAAAGGAAAAAUAAUAACUAGAGGUUGGCCGCACCAAAGUUAAAUUUGUCUGGAAAUCCUUUGUGUUUCUUAAUUUCUAAUUUUUUUUAAUGUUGUACUUACUUUACAUUUUUUAUUGUACAAACCAGUGAAGUUCCAGUGAGAGCAGACAGUGGUGUCAUGUUUGUUGACUAAAAAACUUUGCCUUGGAUGAAGUUGAGCCUGUCUUUGCAAUGAGUAACAUGAUAUUGGGCAACACAUGAGAAAUGCAUUACCUACAUAGAUAAAGAUGUCAUUUUUCCAAGCAUUAAAAAGACCAUGCAUAAGCCUUGGGCUUCCACCUUGUAGAAACACAAUACCAAACAUUAGUAAAGCUAUAAGAAAGAUUUUUUGUAAACAACAUUGGCCAGUUUAACCACACAUUUUGGUUUAGGUGAUGACUAAUGUUAGCAUAUCUGUGCAUUAAUGUCCGUUAUCGGUUAUUGAAAAAUGUGUAAAAUUAAAAUUGCAGGAUGUUAUGUUCUAGGUUCUUGUAAUUUAGAUAUUUAUAAUUUAAUAUGAGGAAUCUAGUGCAAAUCAUUACACAGAUCUAAAAUUAUUGCUGCUCAUUAUUAAAGCAAUAAAAUUAAAUGACAGAUUUAUAAUAGCCCAGCGUCACAUUUGGAGUUAAAGCCAAUGGAUAAAUUAGCUUUGCUUUUCCUCAGUCAAAGAUGAAUAUCCAGUUAGAAACUAAAAAACUAAAUGCAGAUUGCUUGAGUAUAAAUGAAAAUGUAUUAGAUGAAGUUAAGAGGAUAAAAAUCUAUGUUCUACAAAACAUGUAGAAAGUUAGGAAGCUUGAUAUUAAGUACUAUUUCAGCAAUUUUUUUACAGCAAAAUAUUAGAUUAACAUUUUUAAAAAAUGCUUUUAUUUUUUUAUUGCAACAAAAACUACCAGGCAGUCCCAAUGGAUCAUCUUCACAUGUACACAACUAGGAAAAAAAUACACUUUAAAAGAAGGCAAAAUAAGAUUUUUCUUUCAUCCAAAUCCAAUAGAACAGAAAAAUAACAUUUAAAAAAAAUAAAAUUAAAAUAAAAGCAAGCACAAAAAUUGUAAACUUUGAGACACAUUUAGCUCCAAACUGCAGUUCAUCUGCAUUUGGGUUGAUUGCUUGUUCAGUCGAAUUUCUGAAUUCUGAACCAAAAUAUACCCGAAUCAUGGAUCAACCGAAUAGGCAAGCGGUUUUGGUUGACUCCGAGUUUGGAAUUCGGUUUGAAGUGCCUACUGCUAGUAACCACUGCCACUUGAUACCAAAUUUUUGUGUUUUGUUUAUUUUUAAGGGACACUAUAUGUACCUUUUUUCCUUCAUUUUCCAUCUUCCAGAAAUAUUUCAGAGCUUACUCAAAUUUUUAGAUUGAAUCCAAAUUUUAAAAUUUUUUGCUGUGAACAAGUCUACCAAUUUGACUACUCAUUGCUAUACAAGAGGAUAAUAAGAAAGAUAUAUGUCUUGGUUUUUUUUUCUAUUAAAAAAAAAUCACUUAUUUUACAUUUUGAUAUUGUUGUUUUAUAUACACCCUGGGCAUCCCAAGAACAAUAAGAGAAUGAUAGAAUUAACAUUUUCAAACAACAGUUUAUUUGUGGCGGCUGCCCUAAAUCUAGUUUUUCUCCUGUUGCUGAUAUGCCAGGUUUAGCAAUGUGGAUAGAGAUUCUAUCUGUCUAUGUCAGUAAUUGGAGAAGGGCUAAAUUGAGGACAACAGCCAAUUUAGAUGCUGAUUAGUUGUGUAACUUAGACUAGUCCAUCACAUAAGCAUGGAAGAGAACUGCAGCUUUAAAGCUGCUUUUAGAUAUAAACACAAUGAAAAAAUACAAAAUAAGAGUUACUCCAACAACCAUGACUACUUUAGUGAUUUGAAGUGGUCAUGUUGGUGGGAGUCUGUGCUUUUAGCUUCAAACGCUGACAAAUAAAGAUAUUGUCAAGUUACACUGCCAACACACAUGACUUAGGCAGUCAGAAAUCCUUCAGAGCUGCCUAAUAUCAAUUCUGAGCAUAUUUUAAAUCUAUUGUCAGUGCACUGGCGACAGACGUGCUAAGCUUCUACCCUUUGCCCUCCCCUGUCGCCCCCUACUCCCUCCCCUCCUCGCUGGCUCAGAUUGUGUGUAUGCACUCUGAGCCAGCAAAACGAUGAUGAUGAUAUCAGACAGAGAAGGGAGCCGAGAGCUUGAUCGGGCACUGGAGGACAGUUUAGUUUAAGGGUUUUUUUUCGCCUUUCAAUGGGGGUGGGAGAGUCUAAUAGUAAUGCCUAAAAGGGCAUUUUAAGUUUAAAACACAUAUUGUUGAAAAAGGCUUAUAGCAAAACUUUAAAUGCAUGUGUGUUUAUAUUUGUGGUAUAUCUACUAAACAGUGAUUUUUUUUUUGAUUUUUUUUGACAGUGGAGUGUCCCUUUAAGUUUAAGGACUACAUUGAUAUUCUGGCCCAGAUUUGGAAAAUCUUCAACAAAUGUUCCACAUUGCACCCUACAUUCCUGACAUGUAAUAGCUAGAUUUUAUAUAGAACACUGAAAAUGUUACAGCGUAAAUAACAGCUGUGUUGGCUCAUACUUUCUUCGCACUAUUUGCAUAUGUCUCCUUUGUCCCCUUGUUCAGUAAUGUUCUUCAAAUAUAAGGCAUCUCUUUAUUUAUCACGGUAAUGAUAAAGUGUGGUUUUAUUUCCAAGCUUUUUUGGCAAAUACAAGUUUCCAUCAACCUUACUUGGCAUAAUCACUAUUUUAUAUAACAAGAUAGAUUAUUUAUCAUUAAAAUGCAAGGAUAAUAGAUAUGAAUAGCACAAAAUGCUGCUUCCUUAAAGAGUAUGUUAUUUACAUAAUUACAUCUCUUCAAUCUUUACUAUCCCAGUGAACAAUUAUCCAUGGAUUUUAAAAAAAUUAUUUUACAUGUGUUUACCUUAACUUUUUAUUACAAAUAUUCAGGCCCUCUUUCAGGCGUUCUUUUAAGUGUCUAUAUUUAAUGUAAUUACAUCCUAAUUGUUCUACCCCAAUUAAUACUAUUUUACUGAUAACUAUUAUAAUAUAUCACUUUCCUUUGUAUAUAUUCAGUUUACGUCUAUGAUUGUUUAAAAUCGAAUUAUGGGCUUUUUAGAAAUGUUUUUGAUAUCUACUGUUUUAUUUUGUACUGUCUCAUUGAUUUAUUUAUUGUUGAGACAGCAGAAAAGGCUGAAAAACUAACCACCAAACACUUAUUUAAGUAAGAUAUAUAUAUAUAUACCUAUUGUGCUUUGAUAAUAUUAAAAAACAGUGCUUCAUACUUUAUCUUAAUACUGAUCAUUAAUGGCUUUGCUCUGUGCUUUGAGAUGUACAGGCUUUGCAAUAUUGUCUAUGAAAAGUCUACAUUAAGCAAUAUAUGUUAUUCUUUUUUUAUUUAUUUUUUAUUUUUUUGUGAGAUGUCCACUUCAAGUGCAGAUUUAAAAUUUACUGCUGACUCUCCUCCAAACAAUAGUGCAAAGUUCCCAUAUAGAACAUUUUCGGUAAAGUAAUAUUCAUGACGUUAUUAUUAAUGUUCUAGAAGUUUGACUGCAUGUAUAUAAUAUUUUUCACUUAAGCGGAGAGAAUUUUUUAUUAAAGGUAUAGAUCUCUUCUGCUUUAAAAAAUAUAUCACUUUCAUUAAACUAACAAUCGUUCUGUGUUGCAUGUAAGCACUGUAAAAGAUAUAAUAAUAAUAAAGUGAAAAGAUAAUAGCAAUAUCUGCUUGCAAUUUGUUUCGCUUUUGCAGAAGAAAUAAAUGCUUAGUGCUGGCUUUUGGGCAAAAAAGUUAUUACAAAUGCCAAAUGUCAGUCUUACGGGUCUAAGAACAUUUAUUAUUCAAAUACAAAUCAGAUCAUAAUGUAACCUGUCUAUAUGUUGAUUUUGGAGUUAUGAGUAAUGUUGCAAAAGUAACCUCGCCACUUGUACUUGGAGGGGCCUGCUUGCCAGCCUCUUGCCCUGUGACUAUGGCCCCUUUAAUCUAUUUUGUCUGAGAGACCCUAAUUGUGCCUAUUGGGAAUUGGCACAAUGCCCCUUUAUACUUUCAAAGUGGUCAAAGUGGAACUUCGAACCACCGAACAGCUGGACCACACACAAGCGGAGUAUGCAGCCUAUUUACCACCCAGGCUGGUAGUUAACUGCAGCCAAAUUGAGAAAUGGCUGGGUGGUCGCCGUUCGUAUAGUCGAACACGUGGUGCGGCCAUCUUGUUUAGUCGAACGUGUUCAGCUGUGUUUUGUUCGUGGAACUCAAAUCGGACAUGCGACGGCACGAACACCGCUGAUCUUUACCUUCUCCGGGACUUCGACUCUUCCCAUUCGACUAUUUGAACUGAACUUAGACAUUGAAAAUAGACCGGCCGCACAGCCUAAUUCCCUGGAACUAUUUUGGGCAUAAAAUCAUGUGUGCAGUCGGUCAAAAGAGACUUCCACAAAACUUUUGAACCCCUGCUCUGGUCUAGGUGAUUUUUGGAUAUGUUGCUCAUGCAGAUCAGGGCUAUCCAGGGAUAUAAUAUUAUAUAUAAUACUUAUGGGGAUAUGUUAUGUUUUGGGGUGUUUUCUAGACUUUGGGGAAAAUGUGUGUUUUUCUGCCUGUGGAUAAUUAGGUUAUUGUAUUAGCUACUUUAAUUAUAUCACAUGCAAUGCGGAGGGAUUGUUUACUGUAUGUGGGAGUGUCGUAUUGUUAAUGACUGUUUUGAUUGGUUUAUGUCCCUUGUGUCCCUGUCUUCCAUCAGGUCCAGGGCGUGUGCCUCUGACCUGAAAAACUGUAUAAAUUGUAAGUGCUGGCUUGCAUUAAACAGACUUGCUUUAUCCCUUCAUGAAGUCUUGGCUCAUGUUUGGGGGAUUGGAUAACUACACUCUUGGGGAUUGCUAUAAUCACAAUACUCCCCUGAGUUUAAUCACUAAGCUCUUGUAAGAGUUUGUUCCUGCUACGCUCUCUGGAGUAGGAGAGGUCUGCCCAUUGGGAGCUGGAUCCUGGUCUUGGGUCCAGGGUGGGUGGAGGACGGCAAGUCCCCGGUGCAGCUGCAUCGCUGGAAGUGGGGUCUGCAGUGCUUAUGGUGUCUGGUGGAGUGCUUGGAGCCCUCGAAAAGCACUAGGAGCAUCGAUUGACGGAGGUAUCCGGUCGGGGUUCCAAGCGGUCCAUCACAAGUAAAUUCCAAAUGUCUGUCCAGAGAUAUAAUUACUGGUUCAAGCACUACCUCCAGGCGGGUGCUCCAUGCCAGGAAGACACUUAGGAGUUAUGAGUUAGUUACAAUAUAUCAUGAACACCAGGAAAAAACAAGAAACCUAAAAAACAAGAAACAUUGUCCUUUAUUGAAUUUCUUGAAUAGAGUGAGGGUAUUACUCUGCUCACUGUAUAACAUUCCCUGUAUUGAAGUCCAUAGGAAAAAUGCAUAUUUAGUAAAUAAAAUUGUAAUGGAUCCCCUAUACUCUGGCUGAGUAUAUCCGUUAUGAAUCUCCUGAGUCCCAAGCGCAGUAGUGAUUAUAGCCCAAGUUCCCCAAAUAUCAGCCUAGACUUGAUGAAGGGUAAAAAGAAUCUGUUUAAUCCAGGCUCAAUGGCCCACUUAUAUACAAUACAGAGACACAGUAAACAAGCCCAUGACACUCCCAUAAACACACCCACAAAAUGUCCCCAAUAUCACCGUGACUCAGCAAUAAAUGACAAAAUAUGAAAAACACACAAAAUCACAUAUUUACCACCUAGGAACCCCCAUAAUUUAUAUAUCCUCGGAUAGCCUGGAUCCCAGCUCAGAUCCCAUGAAUACAGCCGAAACACCACCGGGGUAGAGUUCUGAGUGGUUGCACACAUGGUCCUAUGCCCAAAACAGUUCCAGGGUGGUUUGUGCUUUUGCCGGUCAACUUCGGGAGUUCCAUGCGAAAGAAAUACUGCAUGCACACUUUGGCUAUUUAGUAGCAUUUGUUUGUAUGGUUCAUCCGGACAAACAUACUGAACGGCGCUCUCCUGACAUGUGUGGGAAGGAAGCAGGCAUUCGUUAAAGUUUAGUGGUGUUCGGUAGUUUUCGUGUCUGAUUUUAGUUCCAUGCGAUCGACUCCCAAACACAGAGGGGGAAGAGACAGGCGCUUAAAAGAAAGGGCUGGAGUUCUAUGACGGUGUCAGAGGAAGCCUGUGGAGGCGGGCGAAACGCGUCACGCAUACGUCACUUGAGAGGCGGACCCGGAAGUGGAUCACAUGAUCGGACAGACGGAACCAGGAAGUGUUUUUCGGUUUUGCUGUUUUACAUGCUUUUAUGCUUUGUGAGCAUAUCCCACCACUUACCAAGUAAGGGUUUUUAACUUUUGUUAUAUAAUAAAAUACAUUUGAUACUAUUCAAUUGGAGGUCCUGCCUCUCUCUAUCCUCUAUCUGCACAGCAUUAUCAAGCUUUUGUUGGAUAUACUUCUUGGAGUCAUCUUCAGUGUGGGGAUAUCCUCUCUCCAGAGGAGCAUUGAAAAUCCAGAGCCAGGGGUGAUAGGGCUCUGGUAUAUGUGAGUUUUCUCCCUCAUGUUCCCCUGUUUUUUAACUUUUGUGUUAGUUCGGAUAGUCUGCACUAUUAUUUCUCUCUUUAUAUCUACAGACUAAUUAAGCGCACUUUUUUUGGUAACUAUCAAUUUUUUUGUACAUUUCUGUUUAUCACUGGUUUAAGUGCUGCCAUAUUGUCUGUACUAGAUUUCAUAGCGCUUACACACUGUUGGUUCUUUUGGAUCAACUCCCAAACACCACUGCCUGCAUUCCCGCAAACAAGAUAGCAGCCAACACAGUUCCCACUUGUUUGUGCUACCCAGCCACAUAAUUAGGUUACCAGGGAUUAACAAGCUCAGAGUUGGUCCGCAGUUCGUAAGUUUAUUUGGUUCCUGAAAAAUAUAUCCCAUGAACCAAGUCUUUUUACCAGCCUUUUCUAUGGCCCAAAGUCAGCGGGCAGGAGGCUAGCCUCCACACUCCUCCAGGAGCCAGUGGUGAAUGUCCAGGCAAGGGGGCGUUCGGCACAAGAAUAAACCUUUACUUUGCUAAGAGAAUCUAUUAGACUUGUGCACAGCGAGAAUUUUACGUUAUGUCAAAUCAUUAAAUAAUUUAUUUAUGGGACACCUGAAAUUCAUUCGGAUGUUUGUUUGGCUUGGCCGAAUGUUAAUUCAGAAACUGAAUAAGAAGAACAAACCAAAAAGGCAAGAAAAUUGGCCAGUCAAUCUACUGCAAAAUACAUACAUAAUUUUUCCCGUCAUUUGGUUCAGAAAAAAACAAUACAGAAAAAGUAGAAAAAAUAGAGGGGAAAACAGUAAAUUAUAUAUAUUAUUAUUAUAUAUAAAUUACUGUUCCCUAGUGUCAGGAACUGCACAGCUCUGUUCUGAUGUCUGACUAUGGCUUCUGGUAUCCAGCAUUCUUUUUACAAUUCUUGUAUAGCUUUCCUUGGUUUUUCUGGUUUUCUAUUCUUUGUCUGGUUUUCUUUAUGCUGGGUUUUCUGGGUUCAUUCCUAUAUUCCGUUCAUGGAAUUCCCAGUCUCUUGGAUUCCUUUAAAUGUUUGUUUUAUGUUGCCACACCCAUUCCUUUUCCAUUAAUCCUUUUGUGUCAGUUGGUUCCUGCAGGUGGUUAACACAAGUCCUCUGCCUUUUCUUGCAGGUAAGUGCUGUGUGUGUUUUAUUAUUGUUUAUUUAGUCAUGCAUAUUUAGGCAGUUAGUUUCCCACCUUAAUUGGAGUACUUUGCCACAGUUGGUGGGCUGCAUACAUCUUGGCCAUUUAUGUAAAUCUCCAAUGUUUUACAUAUAUAGUACUUAGUUUUGUCUCCUCUUGUUUUGCCUUAUAUAUCCUGUCUUGUUUUAUUUUGUAUUCCCAGUCUAUGUACAGUCCUGUCCUGGCCCUGUUCUGUUAAUGUUUCCCUUAUGUAUUGUGUACAUGUUCUGGGUUUAGCUUUCUAUCCUUCUCUGAUUCUGGGUUCUACUAGUUUUGUCUUUUUUUCAUGUUUGGUGCCUAUCCUAGCCUUGCCUUGUUUCUAGUACAUAGAAACAUAGAAACAUAGAAUGUGACGGCAGAUAAGAACCAUUCGGCCCAUCUAGUCUGCCCAAUUUUCUAAAUACUUUCAUUAGUCCCUGGCCUUAUCUUAUAGUUAGGAUAGCCUUAUGCCUAUCCCACGCAUGCUUAAACUCCUUUACUGUGUUAACCUCUACCACUUCAGCUGGAAGGCUAUUCCAUGCAUCCACUACCCUCUCAGUAAAGUAAUACUUCCUGAUAUUAUUUUUAAACCUUUGUCCCUCUAAUUUAAGACUAUGUCCUCUUGUUGUGGUAGUUUUUCUUCUUUUAAAUAUAGUCUCCUCCUUUACUGUGUUGAUUCCCUUUAUAUAUUUAAAUGUUUCUAUCAUAUCCCCCCUGUCUCGUCUUUCCUCCAAGCUAUACAUGUUAAGAUCCUUUAACCUUUCCUGGUAAGUUUUAUCCCGCAAUCCAUGAACCAGUUUAGUAGCCCUUCUCUGAACCCUCUCUAAGGUAUCAAUAUCCUUCUGAAGAUACGGUCUCCAGUACUGCGUACAAUACUCCAAGUGAGGUCUCACCAGUGUUCUGUACAAUGGCAUGAGCACUUCCCUCUUUCUACUGCUAAUACCUCUCCCUAUACAACCAAGCAUUCUGCUAGCAUUUCCUGCUGCUCUAUUACAUUGUCUGCCUACCUUUAAGUCAUCAGAAAUAAUCACCCCUAAAUCCCUUUCCUCAUAUGUUGAGGUUAGGACUCUAUCAAAUAUUCUGUACUCUGCCCUUGGGUUUUUACGUCCAAGAUGCAUUAUCUUGCACUUAUCCACAUUAAAUGUCAGUUGCCACAAUUCUGACCAUUUUUCUAGUUUACCUAAAUCAUUUACCAUUUGGCUUAUCCCUCCUGGAACAUCAACCCUGUUACAUAUCUUAGUAUCAUCAGCAAAAGACAUACCUUACCAUCAAGACCUUCUGCAAUAUCACUAAUAAAAAUAUUAAAGAGAAUGGGUCCAAGUACAGAUCCCUGAGGGACCCCACUGGUGACAAGUCCAAGCUUCGAAUAUAUUCCAUUAACUACAACCCUCUGUUGCCUGUCACUCAGCCACUGCCUUACCCAUUCAACAAUAUUGGAAUCCAAACUUAAAGAUUGCAGUUUAUUGAUAAGCCUUCUAUGUGCAACAGUGUCAAAAGUCUUACUGAAAUCUAGGUAAGCAAUGUCUACUGCACCACCCUGAUCUAUAAUUUUAGUUACCCAAUCAAAAAAAUCAAUAAGAUUUGUUUGGCAUGAUCUCCCUGAAGUAAACCCAUGUUGUCUCUGAUCUUGAAAUCUAUGUGUUUUUAGAUGUUCAACAAUCCUAUCCUUUAACAUGGUUUCCAUCACUUUCCCCACUACUGAAGUAAGGCUUACUGGCCUAUAGUUGCCCGACUCCUCCCUAUUACCUUUCUUGUAAAUGGGCACAACAUUCGCUAACUUCCAAUCUUCUGGGACUACUCCUGUUAACAAUGAUUGGUUAAAUAAAUCUGUUAAUGGUUUUGCUAGUACACCACUAAGCUCUUUUAAUAGCUUUGGGUGUAUUCCAUCAGGUCCCAUUGACUUAUUUGUCUUUACUUUUGACAGUUGAAAUAGAACCUCUUCCUCUGUAAACUCACGUGUAAUAAAUGACUCAUUUAUCCUUUUUCUCAACUGAGGUCCUUUCCUUCAUUUUCUACUGUAAAUACAGAACAAAAAUAUUCAUUGAGGCAGUCAGCCUGACCUUUAUCCUCUUCUACAUACCUUCCUUCUUUUGUUUUUAAUCUAACUAAUCCUUGUUUUACUUUUCUUUUCUCAUUUAUGUAUCUAAAAAUGUUUUAUCCCCCUUUUUUACUGACUGUGCUAUUUUCUCUUCUGUGUGUGAUUUGGAAGCUCUUAUAACUUGCUUAGCCUCUUUCUGCCUAAUCUUAUAGAUCAUUUUGUCUCCCUCACUCUGGGUUUUUUUAUAAUUCCUAAAUGCUAACUUUUUGUUUUUAACUAUUUUGGCCACAUCUGCGGAGUACCACAGUGGUUUCUUGAAUUUUUUGCUUUUACUGACAAGCCUAAUGCAAUUUUCUGUUGCCUUCAAUAGUGCAACUUUUAAAUAAUCCCAUUUCUCUUGGACUCCAUUUAAAUUGCUCCAGUCUGAUAAUGACUCCUCUACCCAUAUUCUAAUUUUAGAAAAGUCUGUUUUUCUAAAGUCUAAAACUUUUGUUUUUGUGUGGUGUGACUCAGUCACUGUUCUUAUAUUAAACCACACUGACUGAUGAUCACUGGAUCCUAAACUUUCACCUACAGUAAUAUCUGAUACCAAAUUUCCAUUUGUUAACACUAAAUCUAGUAUGGCCUCUUUACGAGUUGGCUCCUCAACAACUUGCUUUAGAGACAACUCCAGUAGGGAGUUUAGAAUAUGUGUGCUCCUGGCACAAGUAGCUAAUUUUGUUUUCCAAUUUACAUCAGGAAGAUUAAAGUCACCCAUGAUGAUAACUUCCCCUUCAUUGUCAUUUUAGCUAUUUCCUCAACUAGUAGAUUAUCUAACUCUUCAAUUUGUCCUGGGGGCCUAUAAAUCACACCUACACGAGUUACUGUGUGAUUACCAAAUUCUAACGUAGCCCAAACGGACUCUAUGUUUGCCUCACUAACUUUUAUUAGGCUAGAUUUUAUGCUAUCCUUCACAUACAAGGCCACCCCUCCCCCUUUCUUGCCUUCCCUAUCUUUCCUAUAUAAAGAGUACCCUGGUAUUGCUACGCCCCAGUCAUUUUUCUCAUUGUACCAUGUCUCAGUAACAGCGACUAAAUCUACACUAUCAGUUGCCAUUAUUGCCACAAGUUCAUGGAUCUUAUUCCCUAAACUGCGAGCAUUUGUAGACAUGACUCUAAGCUUAUCAUUUUUUAACACACUUGCUACAGGCACCUUCUGUCCUUGUUUUUGGGGACAAUUGGAUUGAUGUUUUAUCACCCUUUUGCCCCCCCCUCCUAGUUUAAAUACAUCCUAGCAAAACCUCUGAACUGCUCACUGAGAACAUUUGUUCCCUUUUGAGAAAGAUGCAAACCAUCUUUUUUGUACAGCUUACCUCCAUUCCAAACAGAGCUACCAUGAGAAAUAAAGCCAAAUCCUUGCUCCCGACACCAUUCACUGGAUACAUCUCAGCAUACUUCUGCUCUGACAUCUGCUAAGCUGCAACAGGGUCUUGGUAUGUGGCCGCACAAACCCUGGUGCUCAACACCAGGGGGUGUGCGGUUACCCUGCACCAGGCCCUACUGAUCCACUACCACACUGAAGACUCCGCUCAUCAUCUACAUUCAGGCAUAGGGGUCUGGUCCCAUGACACCUAGCCAUUAAUCGUCUUUUUUGUUUUUUGAGUCACAGGUGGAAUUCAGAUUAUUGACAUACACCCCCCCUCAGAAUUCGGCAAUUCUACUGAACACUAGGCUGGCUCAAAUAACUCAAAUCCUCUCAGUCUAGAAUCCAGGCCUUAAGUAUUUUCUAAAGUAUGAUUAACCCAUGUGUCCGUGGCUCUUCCAACCAGGGCAGUGUUUAAUUAGAUACAUUUUGGGAUAAUUAAAAUAAAAAAUGUUAAUAGAAUAAACUACUAACAAUAUUUUCCCUACGGGUAGGGUUAACUAAUUAAACAUAUAAAAUAUACAACAAACAGUACUGCAGUACUACACCCCCGCCCCCUUCUUUCUCCACAGCACAUACUAACUCACUGAUAAUUAUGGCUGUCUGGAGAUGUAUGUGUAAGAAUGUGUAUGUGUAAUACUUGAGCCAUUUGUGAAAAUGCCACCUUUGUGUAUAGGCUUCAGAAAUGCUAAAUCUACUCUUGGACUUUGUUUCUAAAUUUACCCAGUUUGUGUAUGCUAGGACUUCUGUGUCUGGACAUUUAAUGCAAAACACUUACAGUAUAAAGGCAAAGUAGUAUUUUAAAAAUAACCUGGAGUUUGUGAGUUGUAACUUACCUAGAUCACUCUCGAUGUACAUAGUUACUUUUUACAAAAACUAUUUUUUCUUAUGUGCUUCCUCCAGUCUUUUCCACUUAAUAGACUGUAGUGUGUUUCAAAACACCUCUCUUUAUUGACACAGGGUCUACAUUCUAUCUAGUCUACUCCUUUAUUCAGGAUCUUACAGUUCUACCUUUCAAAGGAAAACAAAUGCCUAUAUAUUCUAUCCAUCUGCUGAGACGUACCUUCCUGGGGACGUACAUUAACUAAAUUGGAAAUGUGAGAAUUUCAGAAAUCUUUUCUAAUUCACUAUCUGCCAGGAAUUGGAAGAUGUACUAACAUAGCCCUUCCCUCAACUGAUGCAUAUUAUAUGGGGGUAUAGCUAUAGUUCCACUAUUGUGACAUGUGAGGACAUCCAACUAUAGUAUGGGAUCUUCCAUAUCCUACUUGGAGAUUAAAUAUAUAUAUACCAAAUAUGUUGUUGCAGUUGCAGCAAAAGUACAAAGCUGAACAGAAUGAACAGUUUAUCAAUUUUUUUUCCCAUGUUUCUCUAAUCACAUGACUCACGUCAAUCUAAAUCAUAUUGUAUAACAGUUUCAGGUUUUCUUUUGUUUCUUUUACAGACAAAAUUUAGAUCCUGAUGAUGAUAUUUGUGCAAAGCUAGCAGUCCUGAAAUGGCAGUUAAUAAGUGACUUAACCAAUUUCAGUUCCAUAGGCUACUUACUCUGUCAGUUCAGGCAGUCCCCCUACUUGCAGCACUGUGGACACCUAUUGCGGCCAUGUGCCCGCUCUUUUAGAGUGGUCACAUGGCUCCUGGGGGUCCUAAUUUGCAGAGGGGGGCCUGUGCCCCCUAAGAAGAAGACCAAUCUUCGGUGGGGGAACGGCGGCAAUCGGUAAGUACAUGGGGAGGGAGAGAGAGGGAGGAAGGGUAGGGGUUCAUUUAAAAAAAAAAUAUUUAUUUAUUUUUAUUUUUUAUUUUUUAUUUUAAUUGAGUGCCUUUGACCCCUCGAGGCACUCAUUACAGCCAGAGCAUCGGAAGCCUGUCUGAAGGCUUCUGAUGCUCUGCUCUACACUCCGGGGGGAGCGAUCACUCGGUUGCCCAGCAGUGAGAGGGGGUAUUCCACGAUGCUGGCUGGCAAUAACCUUAGAGCGGCUGGAAGCAUUUUAUGUCUGACAUACCCUGCAUGUCCGCGGUCAUUAAGGGGUUAAUAACUUACUUGAAAAUAAAUAUACUAUUUGUGCCAUUGUUUAUUCCUUUAGUUUCCAUCAGAUUCAGGGUUACAGAGAGAACAUAAAAUUCAAGGUAAGAAAGCAGUGUGUGUUCUGAUUGUAUAAACAUUUCCAUUAGUACUAAUAGUUAACACAGAUAUAUUUAGUCAUUUAUGGUCAAUUACAUACAAUAUUCAUGUACACACACAUCGUGGUCCAACAUGGUCAUAUCUACAUUCCUGCAUAAUAGCAUCAUUCCUUGUGUCUCCACAAUAAAUGGCUCUAAAUUUCAUGUCUUAAGGCCCUGUUUGUUUCACAUAACUGCAAUUAUACACAAUACUGAGAAUUGUGCUAUUUCUAAAGGCCACAUGCUCAUGUUAAUCAAGCAAUAUGGAGUCGGUUCUGUUUGGCCUAGCUACAUGUCCUACAUCACACAGGAGAUACUUGUGAUAUGAAACCAGGACAAUGUUCCCUUUUAUGGCUGGCCAAAUCAUAAAUCAUGUUUGUUUGUUUGUUUGUUUAUUUUUAUUUUGGUUGACUUAAUGAGAACCAUCAAUUUCAUAUAAAUGUAUGCAACAUAAGGAAACUAGGUUACUACAGUCUCUUCUGCCUUUGCUUCAUCUAUUCAUUUUCUAAAAGGAAUGUGACCAGAUUAGGGUUCUUCGUAGUUUCCAUCCCUUCAAUGGAUUCUCUAUUGGAUAAGGUUGUUCCGCCAUUUAAUAAGUUAAAUGAUAAUAUGUUUGAUCAUUUAAUUUGUUUCCCUCUCUCUGUAGCACUCUUUAAAAUGAUUUUAUGCAAAUGGGAAUUAAUUAGUGAGCCUGUGCAGGUGCUAGGGACUGAUAUCACAUUGUGAUCCAAUAAAGAAAAGUGAAACAGGUCUUCUAAUCUAGGUUAGAAGCUCUAACAAACAUAUCUCCUGAAUCUUUCUCCCAAAACAUUGAAGUAUUGCAUUACUUGUAUAGUGGCUCUAUAUAUACUGCUUCUUUUUUUUUUUUUUUUAAUUCUUUAUUUUUGGCAUGACAGUGCGAUACAAUAAUGAAGAAACACAUGUAUUACAUGGUAUAAGUAACCAAUCCGUAAUCCAAUUUACAUCUGAGUAUACCAUCGUUACAGUUCGCGUGAUUGUGUUCAGUUUGGAAGAAUGGGCUAGUGAGUGUCAUUUUUCGUUCAUUUUCAUACAAACAUACAUUUUAUGAGAAAUUGUAAGCCUUAUACAAUAACAAGGAAAAAGAGAAAAAAGAGUGAAGAAAGCAUGCCAUAACUGGGUAUUGUAAGUACCGCUAAUGUCAAGCUCUGGUUUCAGCCCACAUUAAUCUGUGGUAUUAACUGUGAAAACGUUCUCGUUGCAGGGGGACCUGUUUAAUAUCGACCUUAGCCCUGUGCUGUUAGGUACUGACAGUCUUGGUCCCGUUUCCAGCAACGGUGUUGUAUAUAAGGUAGGGGUAGGGAAGGAGGGGGGGAGGGGAGGGGAGGGGAGGAGGGGUGAGGGCCCCCGUGGUGGGGUCCGGAGCGUUGCGGCGUGAGGCUCUGUUGGUGUCUUGUUAAGUGUUGGCACCUUGGGAAGGCCCUGUAGUGGGAUUUCCAUAGCUCUCCCAGUUCCCUGUUAACCAUGGUUCCCAGACCUUUUCGUAUCGUGUCAUGGUGUCUCUCACUAGUGCUGUAAGCUGGUCCAUGACCUGGAUAUCUUUGAUUUUGUGGAGUACAGUGUUUAUCUGUGGGAUUGUAGUUUGAAGCCACGUCUGCGCCAUGGUGAGUCUGGCCGCCAACGUGAUUUUGUGUAGGAGUUUCUGUUCCUUUUUGGGCCAGUCUUCUAGUGCUCUGGAGAGCAGAAAAACCCAUGGGUCUAUUUUGACUUGUCUGUUAAAAACCUAAUUUAGGAGGUUGCCCACUUCCCUCCAGAAGGCCUGCGCUUUCGGGCAUUCCCACCACAUAUGGAUGUACGUCCCUUUGGUUCCGCAGCCCCUCUAACACAAGUCGUUUGGGGUUUUACGCAUACGGUAUAAUUUUACUGGGGUGGUAUACCACCGCAGCAUGGUGUUAUAGGCCUGUCCCUGGUGGGUAACGCACGCGGAAAUAGCUUUGUUUGCAUCCCAUAUUUCCCUCCACUCCGUGCCCUCUAGGGUCUCUUUGAGAUCUGUUUCCCAGUGGCCGGUGUAGGUCAUGUCGCCCCACUCACUGUUUGUGCAUAAAUGUGCGUAUAGGUAUGAAAUAAGUCCCUUUGGGGGGUUUUCAUUGAGACACAUUCGUUCAAAGCCUGUGGGCGCAGUUUGUGCUGCCUUUUUGGCCAGAUUGUGUUGUGCGAAGUCUCGGAUUUGAAUAUAGCGAAAAAAGUUGGAGGGCCUUAGCCUGGUGCUUUCCUGUAGCUUAUCAAAAGUCACUAUUUGGUUCCCUUGAUACAGGUGGAUCGCUCGCUGUAGGCCCGCUACCUCAAUGUUUUUGAAGUCUCGGGCCCUCAUUCCCGGUGGGAACGCUCUGUUCCUCAACAGGGGCAUCAGAGGAGAGGGUGAGGUGGUUAGUUUGUAUUUUUGGCCCACUGCAUCCCAGAUCCUAAGGGAAUUGAGGAUUGCAGGGCAAUCGGUGCGCAGAAUAGCCCUGUGUUCCCUGGGAACCCACAUGUAAAAUUGAGGCAGGUCAGCUCCCGUGAUUCCUGAUUCUAAGUCCGCCCAUCUGCGUUCGUCCGGUGUCGAAUGCCACAUAGCUAUUUGAGCCAGUUGGGCCGCUAAAUAGUAGUUAUAGAGAUGGGGGAGGCCCAGUCCACCCCCCUCCUUGAGUCUAUACAUUACAUUGCGUGCUACUCUGUGGCGCUUGCGUUGCCAAAUAAAAUCCCCUAUGGACCUCUGCAAGGGGGCUAGUUCCGUUUUAGUUAUGGGUAUGGGGAGCGCUUGAAAAAGGAAGAGGAGUCUCAGGAGGAUGUUUAUUUUUAUCGUAUGGACCCGCCCUAUCCAGGAUAUGGACUUGUCGGUCCAUCUGUCUAGGUCUGCACUAAGGGUGUUGUGGAGUGGUGUGUAAUUCGCCCCGUAUAGUUGUGAGGGGUCAGCGGUUAGUUGUAUUCCCAAGUAUUUUAUGGAAGUGUGCGUUAUAGGUAUGUGGUGUUGGGUUCUUAUGUGUGUAGCGUUGUGCAUUGUCAUUGCUAUUGGGAGUGCGGCAGAUUUGCGCAGGUUAACCUUAUAUCCCGAUAAGGCUCCGUAGUCUGCUAAUUCUUUAUCUAAGGCUAACAUUGAGGUCCUUGGGGUCGUGAGCGUAAGAAGGACGUCGUCCGCAUAGCCUGAUACUUUGAAUGUUUGGUCCCCCACUGAGAUUCCGUGAAUUAAUUGGUUCAAUCUGAUCGCCUGUAGUAGGGGCUCUAGUGUGAUGACGAACAGGAGGGGUGAUAGCGGGCAACCCUGGCGCGUGCCGUUGUGUAAGUUGAAAGGGGUUGUCUGAGCGCCCGUAAUCUGAAUGUGUGCCUUAACGUCCAUGUACAUGGCUUGGAUCGUGGUUAUGUAUUGUUCGGGGAAGUGGAGAUGUCGAAGGAGCUUGAACAGGUAUGUCCAGUUUACCCUAUCGAACGCCUUUUCGGCGUCAAGUGAUAGAAUGAGCGUUGGUGUGUGCGUGAUCGUCUGCGUCCAGAUUAAGUCUAUGUUGCGUCUGGUGUUCUCAAAUAACUGUCUUCCAGGGACAAAACCCACCUGAUCUGCGUGGACCAGGCGUGUUAGGUGUGGAGACAGUCUAUCCGCUAGUAUUUUGGCUAGUAUUUUAACGUCUUGGUUGAUCAGUGAUAUGGGUCUGUAAUUUUCAGGGUAUGUUGCGUCUUUUCCGGGUUUGGGUAACAGUAUUAUAUGGGCCGUGGACAUGUCUGGGUCUGGUCGUCCACCCUGCAUCAAAUAGUUGAACCAUUUUAGUAAGUGCGGUGUCAGUUCUUCUCGGUAUGUUUUAUAAUAGCUGCCCACAUAGCCGUCGGGGCCCGGGGCCUUAUGCCCUUUGAGGCGCGAUAUCGCUCUAUCUAUUUCGUCUGCCGUGACCUCGUCUCCUAAGGACUCUAUUGCUAUAGGGGUCAGCUUCGGGAGGUCAAUUUUGCCUAGGUAUUGUCGUAUCUCGUCUCGUAGGUGCUGUGUUUUGUCAGCCUCGGUAGGUGUGUGAUUGUAUAGGGUAGUGUAGAACUCUUUGAAUAUCUGAGCUAUGUCUGCCGGUGCAGUUUUGAUCUGACCUGUGCGAUCCCUGAGUGCGGUGAUAUGUGUUCGGCGUGGGCGUGGGCAUAGGGUACGGGCCAGAAAUGUGUGCAUUUUGUUAGCCUGUUCAUAAUAUGUUCUCUUAGACCAGAGCAUAGCCUUCGCUAAGUCGGCCACCAAAGUUUCCUUUAUGUGGCGUCGGGUAGUCUGUAGGGCUAGAAGCCCAUCUGGGGUAGGGUUGGUUUUGUGUCUCUGCUCUUGUGUGUAUAAGUCACGGAGAAGGGACUUUAGGCGUUGUGUUUUCAGUGUCUUUUUCCUGGUGGCUUCCCUUAUGAGAGUGCCUCUGAUAACCGCUUUGUGAGCAGCCCAUACCGUGGCGGGAGUUAGCUCCUGGGAGGAGUUGAGUUGGAAAUAUUCUACUAUCUCUGUGCGAAUAGUCUCUCUAAUAGUAGGGUCAUGCAAUAGGGAAGCAUUGAGUCGUGGUGCAGAGGUUUCCUAAUUCUAAGCUGAUGUCUGCAUGGUCUGACCAUGUGAUAGAACCUAUUGUGGACUUCUUUGGGAUGGCGUGAUCGUUUACUAAAAAAUAGUCAAUACGGGAGUACGAGUCAUGUGGCGCGGAGUAGAACGCAUAGUCUGCUUCUCCCGGGUGGUGGGCCCUCCACACGUCUAUCAGACCCGUAGAGCAGAGGAAGUCGUGGAUCAGUUUGUCUGGCCUCCCCCUGCCGUGUGAGCGUGGUAAAUCUCUUAUGUUGCCUCUGUCUAUAGCCGGGCAUGGGGCGGCGUUAAAAUCGCCCCCAUGAUAAGCAUACCAUGAGGCAGGGUUUUUAAUUUGUCUGCCACUUUGUCCCAGAAAUCCCUAGACGGGUCUGUGGGAGCAUAAAUGUUAAUGAGGUGGAUGGUGUGGGCAAAUAGUGUCCGUGUCUGUGUGGACCCCCGUGACGCACAGUGGGCAUCGUUUAUGUAUUAGUAUCGCUACACCGUUGCGUUUGGAGUGUGACCUAGCCUUGAGAGUUAUGCCCAGGGUUUUGGGCAGGUGGGUUUCUUGUAAAAAGGCCACAUCUGGGCCUAGUCUCUUAAGUUCUCUAUAUAACAGUCUACGCUUUUUUGGGGCAUUUAGUCCCUUAACAUUUAGGGAGUGUAUGUGUGUAGACAUGGUGGUGUCUUAAGAGUGAGCGUGUGGGCUACCUUACUGGUGACGUCCUCCGGCCAGUCUUGGGGGUUGUCCUUUGUGGGACCUCGUACCCCUGUUGUUUCAUAUACCUUACUGGUGACGUCCUCUGGUUGGCCUUGGGGGUUGUCCUUUGGGGGACCUCGUCCCUCUGUUGUUUCAUAUACCGCUUUCAGGUCGCUCCGGCCACCACGGGGGUUAGAGGGAAAGGUAGGGAGGAAAAAGAGAGGUUGUUAACCAUAUCAUAAACACAAACAUAUAUACAAUAAACGAUUGAACUGAUAAACCGUCUGGUCUUAUCGCUCGCCAGACUUGUGCGGGGCAUCUGCAUCAGCGCAUCUGGCCCUCCUGCAGUGGGCUCAGCUCGCGGAUGCAUGGUCCCGAACCUGAAUGAAUUUGACCUGAGGCCCAUUAGUGGUUGCGUGAGCACGUCUGCGGGGUUAUCCCCGUAUCCAGGCCUUCCCGCCCGUCGGUCUCCACGUCGCCCAGGGGGUUGGGGAAAGUCCCAUUCCGCUUAGGGGUCGCUAAGUUGCUGUGAUCCUGUCCGGGGGGGAGAGGGGGGUGUGUGUGUCUCAGCGGGCGGGACGCCCCGACUCAGUCUCCCCUAAGUGUGGGAGUGCCCCUGUGAGUGCGUGCCUAGCCGAUGUGUCCGUUCCCCACAGGUGGGUAAAUCGCAGCAAGGUGUUGUGCAUUAUCCCCUGUUCGCAUGUGUACAAUAUCAUGAUCGGUCUGUGUCUGUUCUGGAUGGUCCGUAUAGUAUAUUUAUAUGAAAUGGCCCAUUGGCCCUGUGGGUCAGGUCGCUAAUGACAGUCUUACAACAUAAAAAUCUGGUUUCCCCCUCCCCCCCCUCCAGCAGCAUCCCCACCCCCACCGCCACACAAGCGGCCUCAAGUCCUCUUUGUAGAUGAGUCCAACUUCCCCCUCCCAAAAGUGUUCUGGAAAAAAGGUAUUUAGUUGUUUUUUUUUGUUGUUUUUUUUUUUGAAUUUUUGACUGGCGGCCCUGUUCCCUCCCCGCACAAUGUUCGCGUGGAUACAGGAUGGAACCCCUAUAUAUAGAUAUAUAUAGGUUGCUAUUUUCUUUUUUUUUCUUUUUUUUAGUUUGUUGUGCGUACCCAAGGAUAGGGAGAACCCCCCGUAAUGGGAUUUGGUUGUGGGCGUUAGUGGUGUCAAAACCAUGGGAUGGGGGCGAGUCACUACCCGUCCCUCAUGUCCCUUGUCAUCUCACCCUCCUGGAGAUGUCCAUCUGGGCUAGGCGAUCCGGGUGCGGGUUCCUGGUGUGUGUCCGUUCUACGGUGUGUGUCUUCUUUCCCCCGCUGUAUGCCAUUCUCUGGGUAGCGGUUGCAGGUCUGUCGGAGUCGCCGUUCGCCAUUGCAGGUCUGGCGGAGCCUGGAGGUCUAGCGCCUGGAGAAAAGCUACUGCGUCACCAUCAGGUUGCAGGAUCUUUGGUCUGCCAUUCUUGAACGCCAUAAGCUUAAAUGGAUGGCCCCAUGCAUAUUUUAUGUUGUGGGUUCUGAGGAUGUCGGUGAUCGGUCGCCAUUCUUUGCGUCUCUGGAGUGUUGUUGGGGCUAGGUCCUGGAACAGUAGCAAAGUGCUCCCUUUUUACUUGAUAGGGCCUUCUCUGCUGUUCUUCAUUAUAGUUUCUUUCGUUUGGAAAUGUUGGAAGCGCAUGAUGAUAUCUCUCGGCUGUUUGGCAUCUACCUUCCUGGUUCCCAGGGCCCUGUGGAUCCUGUCCAGAUGCCACAGUUGGGCUGGAAUGUUUGGUGCUAGGGGUUUUAGGAUCGCCAUGACCGUGUCCGUCAGGUCCCCCUCCUUUUCUGGCAGGCCUCGCAGCCUGAUGUUAUUUCGGCGGGAACGAUUUGCCAAAUCUUCCAGAGCAGUCUCAGCUGCUAGCAGCCUGGCUGUGAGGCUAUUCACCCUACAUGUUACCUCAUUGUGUGCCAGGACUGUUGCCUCUUGCCUGUGUUCCAGGGCUGCCGUGCGGUGUCCAAGUGCCGCGAUCUCGGCCUUCACCUCCGCCGCGGAUCUGCUUAUCUCCCCUGCCAGGUAUGCCUUGACCUCCAGCAGCUGUGCCAAUAUCUGGGAAGUCUCCUCAGCCGGUAAACCUUGCCCCCGGGGGGGCUCCGGGUGCUCAGGCACUGGGGAGGUCCUGGGGCUAAGGUGGUCGCCAUCUUGCCUCGCCGGCUGGGAUGCGUGGGAAACUGCAAAGAGGUCUGCCACUGAAGCGCCCAUCUCUGACGGCCGCUUAUGGGGUUUCCGCGGGGUCCUCUUGUCCAUACCGCUGCUGCCGGUGCCGUCUCGGGGUAGCUGGUGCUCGUAGAAAGGGCUUCUGUCGGCUAUGAGGCCUCGGUUCAGCGGGAGCUCAGCUCACAAGCGUCCGCUCUGCAUCGCGGUCAGGCCACGCCCCCCUAUAUAUACUGCUUCUAA